AGAGCUGGAGUACCAGCUUGACUGUUGGCCUUUCUGUCUCUGGAGAACUACGCGAGUAAGUUCUUUGGGAAAGCGAAUAUAAAAAUCAGACAUGUUAACGCAAAAGCAGCGUGACAGGAUCGAUGGGAACAUUUCAGAGAGAGUCAACGGAGACCACCGGUGGUUUUUCGCUCUCGUGCGCCAAGAGAUGGAUUCAUAGGACGCGCGGAGAACAUCACCAACUUCUGCUGCGCGUAACUUCAUAACCCCGCUGGUCCGGACCUCGACACUUGCUUUAAACUUUAUAUACUGAAGGAAUAAUAGCACCAGAGGAACAAUGACAGUGACUUUCCCUGGCUUCUAAUAGCGCUGUAUCACUUUAGCGAAGCGCGUGGUUCUCGUUUCUCACGGAAUUUUGGUGAUAGUUAAAGGACGCGGAAUUUUGGGGCCAAUCUGCCGUCGAGCCAGUUACAAUAUCACAUGACUUUCCAAAGGAUUAUGUUAUUUAUUCAACAACUUCUCAAACUAGACUAUCCAUAAUGUCGUGUUUGAACAAUACACUAGAAGCCAGAAAGCCAAAGAUGAUCGCUGCACGGAUGGCGUUGCUGCAAGCGCUUCUCGCCGCAUCUCUCCACGGAGUGUGCGAGAGCAGGGGUGGAGGCAGCGAUCUCGUUCCCAGGUUCUCCUCAUCUUUGCCCACUUACCUCCCUGUGUCCUGCCAACUGCAGGGUGCAGAGUCAUCCUUCUUUCUCCGGGAGGCCACACAGGAAGUGAUGCGUAACGGGAGCUUGCAGACACGCAGUGAGCCUCUCUUUCUCCACUUGCCCGAAUCUGGCCCUGCUCCCCUCUUGUCGGUCAACUGUAGCUAUGGAAAUCUCACCGCAGAGGCACCAGUACCACCAGAGCUCCUCCAGGGUGCGCUGCCACGUUCUUUCCACACCUCUACACACCUGACGCUGGGCUGGAAGGUGAGAGCACACCUGGUGAGCAGAAGGAUAGGAGUCGAUCGGCCUCAAAUCCAGGUGUUGUUUUAUCUGGCAGGCCGCAGGUGGGAGGAUGUGGAUCCUCCAGCAGAACUGUUGCCUUGUAUCCGUGUCGUUGGCAUCCGCGAUCCGGGGGAAGGUUCUGUAUCGAGCGCCUGCCGACUGGAGGGAAACCUGGGGAUCUGUGUAGCCCAGCUCGGCAUUCCUAUAACCUGGUUCAAUGCUCCUCCAUCACGUAGGCGCAUACAGGAGCCCAUUCCUGUCAAGGUGGAGUUGCACUACUCCAUUCUCUCUCCAGAGGCCCUGGGAAAGGAGUGUGUGGCUGGUAGGGUGCAAGGAAAGACUGCAGGGCAGGAAGGUGAUAUGCAGAGGAUUGGGACGGUGACUCUCACCACUGGGGACAACAAAGUGCCCAGAAACCGACUUAGACUGGAUGGAGACGUUGAGAUACUGGCGCCCCCCAGCCCAGUUAAACAGGGACAGACGGUGGGAUUUCAAGUACUAAUGAAUUCGGCUGCCGCCACUGAGCAGUUCACACUGAGAGUCCAGUAUGGGGAAGGCAUUCAUUUCAUGGUGGUGAAGCCCAGUAAUCUGGCAGCGUGGGAAAUCAAGCAAGAAGUAGUGCCUGGCUCCUCCUCCCUGUCCAUGUUCUGCCAAAGGAAGGCCAGCUCAGCCAAUGAGAAACUUGAUGGUUCCUUCUAUGAGAUCAUGUGGGUGGACUUUGAGAUUGACAAUUUCAUCAACCUGCGGUCAUCUCAGUCCAUCCGCUGGCAGAUAGAGUAUCCCUCGACCGGAGCGUCUGCCGAAGUCAUCUCCACCAUCCACAUCAGCCAGAGAGACCUACAGGGUAUCGUACCCAUCGCCGAGGACACUGAGAUCCUGAACACAGCGAUUCUGACCGGACGGCGCGUUGCCAUCCCGGUCAAGGUUGUGACCGUGGAGCAGGACGGAACGGUCAGAGAGGUUGAUGACCCCGUGACCUGCAUCUCCACAGAUGAGGAUGUCCUCAAGGUGUCUCUUGGUUGUGACGAGGUGCUGGUGAACGGGAAAGAGAAGAAUGGGCAUGUCUCUCUUCAAGUGAACUUUACCUACCUCUAUUUGACCAGCCAAUUAGAGCUCACCGUCUGGGUGCCACGGUUACCGCUGCAGAUUGACGUCUCUGAUGCCGAACUCAGCCAAGUUAAAGGAUGGAGGGUACCCAUCAUCACCAACAAGAGGCCGACACGGGACAGCGAGGAUGAUGAGGAGGAUGAGAGGAAGGGCAGAGGCUGUGCCUUGCAGUAUCAGUACGCUCUGGUGCGUGUCCUCACACACUUCGUGGCCGAGCCAGUUAGCCCUGGUGGGGAGCUUGUGCACAUGCUAGGUUCUGAUUGGUCAGCUGACAUCACAGAGAUGGUCCUGGACUUCCUGAAAGUGGAAGAUACAAGCAUUGCCCGACUAAUUGACGGAAGGGUGCUGGUGGGAAGAGACCCGGGGAUCACCAAUAUACAGGUGAUAUCCCCCUUUUCUGACUCUAUUCUGGCUGAGAAGACCAUCACAGUGGUGGAUGAUAAAGUGACCAUCAGUGAUCUGGGAGUUCAGCUUGUGGGCUCUUUGAGUCUCUCACUGCAGGCCAGUUCCACCAACAACAGAGCCUUCUACAUCACAACCACUGCUCAGGACCUGUUGCACACACCCAAGCAGGAAGCCAUUAUCAGUGCAUGGAUUCAGUACAGCGAUGGCUCUGUGACUCCUCUUGACAUCUAUGACCCUAAAGAUUUCACUGUAACCAUCACCUCACUGGAUGAGAACGUGGUCUCCACCUAUCAGGAUCAGUCCCAACGCUGGCCUGUGGUAGUGGCAGAAGGCGAGGGACAGGGAGCGCUACUGCGCGUGGAGAUGAUGAUCUCAGAAACCUGCCAGAAAUCCAAGAGAAAGAGCAUUUUGGCGAUGGGGAUAGGAAACGUACAGGUGAAGUUCGGACAGAACGACCUGGAGCAGAGGAGUGGAACUCAGGAGAACAGUCUGGACAACAGCACAAACGAACAGAAACAUAAGCUUCUAGAAGCGGAUAAAACAAGUGGAGGGGAUGGCUGGAAAUACACCAACACCGGGGUGGAACGAGAAGAGUCGGUUCUAAAGAAGAUCAGCACAACCGCAAAGACUCCACUAACCGGUCGUUCCGGGGGCAGCAAGCAGGGUGGGGGGCAAAACAACAACCCUGUGGACUACACCAGUUUCCCAGCACAGGUGGACCUACCUGGCGGUGCGAACAGCGACUUGACUCAGGCUCCGAGAGGUCUGUCAGAUCUGGAAAUUGGCAUGUAUGCUCUGCUUGGAGUCUUCUGCCUUGCUAUCCUCGUCUUCCUCAUCAACUGUGUCAGCUUUGCCUUCCGCUACCGCCACAAAGAGCUUCCUGUGUUGGAGCAGGGAAACAUGAACCAUGCCCAUGACUGGGUGUGGCUAGGUAACGAAGCAGACCUGAUGGAUCAUCACGGAGAUCACGGGCCACUGGCACACAACGAUGAGUGCACUACCGCGAUAGAUCGCAACGAAGGUUGCGAGGAGAGCAAGUACCUUCUCAACGGGAGCGGCGUUCAGAAAAGUGGACGUGGCAUCCCCCAAGUGCACUCUGAUCCACGGUCUUGUUUGGGAAACGACCCCAGUGGAAAAAUCGAGCCCCUUAACAACUCUCCCAGCGCUACCAAGCGCAAAAGGGUGAAGUUUACUUCCUUUGCCACCGUACUACCAGACGAAGGCGGGCCGUACACCAACUCCAUCCUUAUUGGGAAUGAAGAUGACAUCAAGUGGGUCUGUCAAGACAUGGACCUGGGGCAGUCAGCUGAGCUCAGGAGCUACAUGGAGAGACUGCAAGACAAUCUGUAGGAGCCGGGAAGAGAACGAAAGAAAGGGAAAGGUAGAGGGCGGACACACAAAAACUCACCAGAAAUGCCUUUGCACUGUGGGGGGAAUGCAGGGAGACAGGGAGGGAGGAAUUAUUAAAGAAUCGAAAGUGGACGCAAGCAGGGAGCAGGAAGAAAUAAAAUCCUUUGGGAGUCUCGAGUUAAGUAGGAAAUUCACGAAAAGGGGAAAUGGGUGAAAAGAGACUGGCACGUUCGUACUGGCUCCGCCGAACGGUCCAGGUGGCGCAGAGGGAGCAGCUGCCAAUUGGCUAGCACAGGGACAGAACGCCAGUUACCGACAUCCCGAAUAAACAAGCCCAAACAAGACCAGCGAGAGAAAGAAAGAAAGGAAACAAGCUUGACAGCUGUACAGAAAAUCACAGUCCAUGGAAGUUGAUAAAAAGCAGUUGUUAUCGCUAAUGUAAUUUAGUGUUUUGAUUUUUCUCAUUUCAAAUCAUUGGGACGUUUACAACAGAUCUUAUUUUUUUAGAUAAUCCCAGUUUUUUUGUUUGUUUUUAGAUUAGUAUGUAACUAGACCAAAACAGCCCCUCAAUGCACCCGGCCCGGCCCAGAUCCAGGUGUUUGUUUUUUGUUUUCCGCUCUUUUUGUACUGUCUGUCCCUCCUGCCUGAAUCCAAGAGAGCUGGGGUACAAGGAUGUGUGGGAUUCCCCCUGGCUGGAGUCUGUACCAGCUGUAUCUGCACACACACUGUUUAAGGAGUCCUCCCUCUCCAUCUCUCCUCUGGGAGAAAAACACAAGACAUCUAUGAUGAAAAGCAACAUGUGAAUAAAAAGACUCCCCAUGCACUGUUCAUUUGAUCAAGUGAAUGUGGGAUAAAAAAGACUGAGGACUUCUUUUGAGUCCCAUCGGGGGGUUGUUCAUUUGCACAAUAAGAAUAAUACAGAAAGUGCAUAGAGCGACCCUCAGCUGAUCUGCUGACUGUCCUUACAGCAACUGAUCCAGACCUUCAACCUGACAGAUGCGAUGUUGAACAUGGGACGGACAGUGUAGAAAUACAAGCCCACAAAUUUGAGUUGUGUUUGUUAUAAAACCAUAUGAUUGCUGUGAUAGGAAAAUAUACAAGAGUAGAUAUGGUCUAUUACUCUCCACUAUGGUAAAUGUAUGAAUGUUUCUCUUUUUAUUGAGGUGAAAUGUACAUCGUUUACCCCCUUUUUACAUGGCUGGAGCACCUGCCCAUGGUUUUUACAUGUCCUAUAGGUUUUAAAGCAACUUUCUAUUUCUGCCUCACUAACCCCAGCGUUUACCCGGCUCCUUGAAUUCUUGUUGUUUAUAUUACUGAAGAGUUGUAGGGAAGGACCGAUGUGGAAACCUUCUCUUUGAAAGCUCAGGUGAAAAUACGCUCACAGAUGAACAGUGGUAAUAUUCAAAUGUAGGUUGUAAGAAUGCAAUAUUUAUUUGUAAGUGUAAUAUGAGAUAGGAUGUAAAUAAAAUGAUUGAAACUUUCUUGUGGACACUGCAAAAAGGCUGUUGCCUACAUUUUCACAAUCGACACAGAGAGUCAUGAGGCCGUUUGAGUGUAUCAUAUUUUAUGUUCAAAUCUGAUUUCCCCCGAAGGAAUAAAAAAGAUAGGCUUUAAUAUGUUAAGACAUGUCAUUGGUUUUGUCAGAAUAUCAGAUUCCACAUUUCCACAGGGUUCGGUCUUUUCCUUUGAUAGAUUAUUUCUGUUUGUUUCAAAGGUGUUUGAUUUAGUUAAAUCUGUGAAGUAGGGUAGAGCAGAUUUAAUUCUAAUUGGAAAGUAUUUAUAUAAAUGUAUAAUUUUUUUUUUUUUUUUGGACCAUUUUCCAAUCAAAUAUUUUUGGAACACAAUUAUUCCAUGUGUGUUCCAAAAAUAUGUAUUCAUUUUUAAAUAAAAAAAAAAUAAUAAUAAUAAAAAAAGUAUUAAAUUAAUAUUAAUAAUAUUAAUAUUUAAUUUAUUAAAAACCAAUUCAUUCUUUUUUAAAUGUAGUUUUUUAUAUAUUUUUUUUUUUGUUAUCAGUUAUAUGAAAUGCGAGACUUUAAACUGUUUUAACUGUAUUUUACCUUUUAACUUUAUGCGUGUCUGUUGAUAAAACUGUCCAUUAUUAUUAUUAUUAUUCCAUUUAAACCUGCUCUCUCCUAUUGAAAUUAUGAUUUGUCAUAAGCAGCAUUUGAAUGCAUUAAUAUGACAUAAAUGCUUAAAGAUACACUGAAACUGAAAUGUUUAAAGAUUUUGUCAGUCGUUUUAAAGGACAACGGCAGUUUGAAACAAAAACACAACUUCAUUCCAGUAGCCACAAGUAAAGGGAGGUGAUUUUGAACUCUUUUUAUUUUCUUUUAUAAACAUACAUACCUCAUUUAGUCUGAGGUGGAGUGACAGGAUAUCUUGUUUUCUAGAUGUCCUCAUUCUGGAUUGACUUUUACUGUUUGAAGUUUCAUUUCAUUCUGGCCUUGACUCUUGGUACAGCAGAACGACUGUUUUCUUAUUAAGUUUCUUGGUUUAAGCACUAUCCAGUUUAUUGUCCGUUGUGACUGUAAAUUAUGGAGAAACCAUAUAAUAGAAUGUGAGAGAGAGAUAUUGAGCUCAUGUGUUUGCCAAGGCCAUCGCUGACACCUCUUCAACCAGAAUAAUAUACUGGAUUGUAACAAUAACGCUCUUCGUUCACCAUCCACAUGAGGCCUUAGAUGCAGUGUCACAAUGUCUGAUGACUUAAGAUGGAGAACAUGAACUCAUCUUUAUUCCACAGUCAUUCGCUUAUUGAUAUUCUGAUGUGUUUUCAGAUAAUCUGUUCCUAAAUGCUCAUACUGUGCAUCUUCUCAUAAACCAUGUUGUAUCCUGCUAUAUGAUUCCAUGUUUUCAUAUAAACCUAUUUCGUCCAAUAAAACUGCUUCGUGUCCAUGUACACAAAUCUAUAUUUUCAUAUAAAUACAUUUUAGCACCCGAAGACGCCAUGAUUUUGUACAAAUUUACAGAUCGAAAAGCAGAAAGAAUAUUGGAACACCUGCAAUGCUCUACGUUUUCAUUUUACGGGAGUACAGACAUCCGUUAACGUCCCUUUGCUGGUAUUUGUUCAGUAUGACCCUCAUUGUGUACAUGCUUUCUCAUUAAAGAUGUUGCCUACUGA